UCCGGACUUUUAUCCAUUCUCAUCCUACGUGAUCUGAGCGCAGCCUUUGACACCAUUUCUCACAACAUCCACCUUAACAUACUGGCCUCCAUUGGAAUCACUGACGCACCCUUGGACUGGUUUAAAUCCUAGCUUUUUGACUGUACUCAACCAUUUCCAGUUACUACUGGUGUUCCUCAAGGUGUUAUGAACAACUAUGAGGUCAUCCGUCAGAUCGGAGAGGGUGCGUUUGGGAAAGCCUUCCUGGUUCAGGACAGAGGGGGACGUGGAGACAGACAGUGUGUCGUCAAACAGAUCAACCUCAGAAAGAUGUCAGCACGGGAAAAGGAAGGGUCCAAGAAAGAAGUGACGCUGCUGUCGAAAAUGAAACACCCAAACAUCGUCUCCUUCAUCAGCUCAUUUCAAGAGAGGGGCAGCCUGUACAUAGUGAUGGAGUUCUGUGACGGAGGAGAUCUGAUGAAGAAGAUCAACAUGCAGAGAGGAGUCUUCUUCACAGAGCAGCAGGUCGUGGACUGGUUCAUUCAGAUCUGCCUUGGACUCAAACACAUCCACGACAGGAAGAUCCUCCACAGAGACAUCAAAGCUCAGAAUAUCUUCCUCACCAACGGAGGGUUGAAAGCAAAGCUAGGGGACUUUGGAAUCGCAAGAAUGUUGAAUAACACCAUGGAGCUGGCGAGGACCUGUGUUGGGACUCCGUACUACCUCUCCCCAGAGAUCUGCGAGAAUCGACCCUACAACAACAAGACGGAUAUCUGGUCUCUGGGCUGCGUCCUGUAUGAACUCUGCACCCUGAGGCAUCCAUUUGAGGGCAGCAGUCUGCGGCAGCUGGUCAGUAAAAUCUGCAGGGGGCGCUACAACCCAGUGCCCAGCCACUACUCCUACGACCUUCGCCUGCUGGUCACCCAACUCUUCAAGGUCAACCCUCGGGACCGUCCCUCGGUCAGCUCUGUCCUCAGGCGUCCCUUCCUGGAGAAGCACAUCAGCAAACACCUGGACCCACAGGUGAUGCAGGAGGAGUUCAGCCACACGGUGCUGCAUCGAAACAGAUCGGCAGCGUCUCAGGCUGCUAAACCCGCAGCAGCAGCAGGAGAGAAGAAGCAGAAGUUUGGAGCAGCAGAGAGACCUGGAGCUGCUGCAAAGAGACUUCCUGCUAAACCAGACUGGAGGGUCCCACUCAGAGUCUACAGCCCCGCCCCCUACAAACCUUUUUGUCACAGAGCUGCAGACAGAGAAGCUGCAGCACUGCAGAACCAGAGGUUUAAUGGACAGCAGCCGGUCGGCCAGUACAAGCACUACUACGCCCAGCUGGACGCCCUCCAGAGGAGGAAGAAGGAGGACGUCCUUCCUCCUCCUUCUCCUCCUCCUCAGGAGAGAGAGAAGGAACAAUGUGAAGACCAUGCUGUGGAACCGUACAGGAUUGUGGCUGCAGCUCGUAAUGAAUACAUGCAGAGGAGACACGAGGCCAACCUGUACAAACUGAGAGCAGAGAAACAGCUGGGUUUGCGUCCGUCUACAGCUGAACGCAACAGGAAGCCUGGAGGUCAGGAGCAGGAAGUGAAACCAUCUGUACACCAACACACACCUCAGGACAGGAGGCAGGAUGGACAGCAGGAGUACCUGCGUCAGCUGGACGCCAUCAGACAGCAGUAUCACCAGGAGAUGAGACAGAUGAGACUGAGAGCUGAAGUAGAGCCGCAGCCACAACACAAACAUGGAACCUUUGUGGUGGAGAAACCCAGAGAGCAGAGAGCCUCACCUGUACAGUGUGUCUCGUUCCUGCUGCAGGACGUAGAAGCAGCUCUGAGGCAGAUCAGAGAGGAGACCAGAGAUCAGAGGAGAGCGCUGGAGAGGAAACACAAAGACAAGAAGGGAAUCAUGUUUGAGAUCCGGUUAGAUGACGAAGGCGUGAAAGAGGAAGCAGAGAAGGAGGAGAAGAGAGAGGAAGACGAGGAGAAGGUGGGUGAUGGAAGACAAAAGGAGGAGGAGGAAGUGGACCCUCUGAACCAGACGCUGAGCUUCCGGGUAGGGGAGGAGUUGAAGCUCAGGGAUUGGUUGGAGGUGAGGAGGGGGUGGAGCCAGAGGACUCCUCAGACUCUGCUGGACGCACUCGCCAACAUGGACGUCAACUCCGUCUACAAUACAGUGGUCGAGGCUGAACAAGGUGAGGAGGCAGCAGGUCGCAGGCAGUGGGUGGACGCUCCCCCCAACACCCUGCUGAACGCUCUCGCUGAGGCUGAACUCACUUCAUCAACUCUGGACUCAGUGACUGCAGACUCAGAGGACAGAGCAGAAGAGGAGGAGGAGGAAAAAGAAGAGAGGAAAGAGGAGGAAGAGGAGGAGGACUCUGAUGUGGAGAUGGAUGAAGAGCGUCUGGAGCCGAGGUCAGACGAUGAUGACACGAAUUUCGAGGAGUCGGAGGACGAGCUGAGAGAGGCCGUGGCAGACUCCAUGAAGAACCUGUUUGUGAUGGAGGACGAGAGCUCGGACGAGGCAGAGCACACAGAGGAGACGGCGGCGGUGGGUGGUGAUGGGACGGAGGAGAAUGAGGAUGGAGGUGCAGCGGCGAGUGCUGCAGACUCACAACAGAUCCAGCCGGAGGUCGAAGAUUCACAAGCAGACAAUGUUUCCUCUGAGCCUGAAGAACGAGACGGUCAGUCGGACAGUUCAGACACUAACACUGCGUCAAAUAAACAACAGCAGACGAGCUGAGUGAUCACAAACAUUGAAUCCUUUAUUCUGAGACAGUGACUGGAGUCCAUUUAACAGAAUAGUUUACCCAAAACAAUAUGUUGGAGUAUAUUAGAAGAGCCCUCCUUCAUGGGAAAUGUUUCAUUUAGCCAAAGUUUAGAAGAAACAGUAGUUUGGAUUUCCAGAGCUGAACAGAUACAAGACAGCUGGAAAAUGCUGCUCAGAAAUGUCCAGAAGGUUUAAUUACCUUUUCUUUUGUUCAUCUUCCAUUGAAGUCUGUUUGCACUGAUGUGUUUUCAUGUUUCAGGCGCUCUGCUCUGCUUCACACCAUUAGAUAGAAAACUGUUUGUGUCUGAGUGUCCAGUCUUUAGUUUAACUGUCUGUUGAUCUUUAUUUUAACAGAUAAGUCUGGUGUUAUUUUACAUUUUUUUAUUGUCUAUAAAUGCAAUGAAAAGAACAAAAUCAACAAAUAUUUUAGUUCGUCUUCUCUCAAUCGAUGAUCACAUGUGCUCUGUCUCAAGUCAGAAACUUCUGUACUCAAACUUGCUACUUUGAGUGUGUGAGUGCGUUCACACUGAGAAGUAUGGUGAAAAGCAGAGACCUAAGAGUACCUGGAUGAUGCACUCAUGACAGUCAGAAAAUUGAGUUGUGUUAUGUUGCACACUGUUAAUCUUUAAUGGUCGCCAUGUUGCCUACGUAACAGAAGGGGCGGGACCACAAACACAUUUCAAACUUGUGAAAUGACGUUAGUCUGCUAGCGAGCUAACAGCAUCACAUUUUGUCAUCAGGCGUGAAGGGUAAGAUAUACUAGCUUAAAGAGUAAGUUAUUUUUGGUGUUUAUGCAUCUUAAAUUAUACGGGUCCAUCCUGAAUGGACUCACAAAUGUGUCAGGUUUGUAAAAAAACACUUUAUUUUGAAGUACAGUGAAUAUCCGGCACAGAGAUUUUAUUCUGAAGUGCUGUUUCCUGAUGUAGAGUGAGUGACUAACGGGCAGCUAACUCGACGACAUGGCCAAACGCCAGCAUGACGCUGAAUAUAUUAAACUGUAUGGACCUUGAACUAAUGACUCAGGGCAAUUCUGGACCAGUUGGAAACCAUUGCUAUAGAGGAUUGUAAUGUCAGAUUUGUGGUCAGAUGCUUGAUGAAUUGUAAAUAUUUAUAAAAUGCAGCAGCUGUCACUGACAGUUAUUAUCAGCCACCGACAUCCAUAUAUAUAGAAACGUGCUGUGAAAACACCUUUAUUUUUAAUACAAUGAGUAAAUAAAUGCAGAAGACAAAGGAGCAAACAGGCAGAUACAGCAAUCAUACAUUCACUCGAACAUUGACGAGAGAUAGUCAUUCGGGUGAUGAUGCUCAGCCUGGCUGCAGUUCACUGAGCAGAAGGAAAGCUGUCAACAGCCAUGUUUGAUCUGAGACAACACUAACCUGUCAAAAUUCAAGCACUACACAAGUAACUACACAGUGAACACAGUGUUCUAACGGAGGUAUCUGAUUUGAGACACAGCAACAGUUUCAUCAGUAACGUCCUCACAGCUGCUCACUGUAGUUUUUAAUUUAACAAACAGGAGGAAUCAGUGACUGUGUAGGGGACUAUUUUCAGCGGCGGAUUAAUCCACAUUUGGUGCUCUAGUGAGUAUCUGUGGCAGCAGGACGGUUUAUGUAGGAUUGAAUCUUUUUAUGGGAUUUUGUGACAUUUGGAAAAAGCUGAAAAUCAGCAGACGUCUCCUUUAACAUCAGCUUCAGCGUGACUUCUGAUUUUAAUGCUUCACUCUGGCACAGAGCAGUUAUAUGGAAGAUAUUGUUUAACAAGCAGCAGUAAUGUUUGUACCUUUCUGUGCUUUAACUCUGUUUCACACACAUAACAGACAGUUAAUAUGACGUGUUGAUGAUUGUAUUUAUUGCAGUAUUUGAAUCUUACUUCUACAUAAACAACCUUAAACAGUAACAAUGUCUCUUUCAAAAUAAAGAUUCCUUAAUAUUUCACACACUUUCACAUCUCUGUGCCUCGACCUCGUUACUAACAGGAAUGCAGGAAGUGAAACUACAUUUAAAUAAAGAUUGAUUUGGCCGUCACCUUAAACCCAAACACACUUAAGUGCUUCUUCAAAGUGCAUAAAAAAACAUCUUCAUUUCAGUGACUCUGUCAGGAAAACUAACAUCACAAACCCUUUCACAUCUAUUUAGGAAUCAUUAAGAAUACUACCAUCUUCAUAAAUAACUAUAAUUAAAAUCUGAAUAACUUCACACGUCAGUGGUGUCAAACAAAAAGAUAUUUGGAAUGUAACUCUCAAUUUAAUUAAACACCUUACAAGAACAUUUGGGAAGUGAAUAUGCUUUAUAGUCUGAUGAGAAGAUUCAUUUCCAGAUAUGUCCAACAUGAGUUAGCUUAGCACAAAGACUGGAAGCAGGGGGAAACUGAUAGCCGAGCAUAACCAAGAG